AUGUCGGAAUCACAACUUGACAUCGAAGCACUUCGGGCAAAGUUCCCUGCUCUCCAACAGGAUCAAGUCUUUCUCGACAAUGCUGGCGGGAGUCAAAUUCUCGGGGCUGCAGCUGACUCGAUACGAGAUUACCUCAUCACGUCGAAUGUGCAGAUGGGCGCCUCGUAUGGCGUAGGCAAACUCUCAGCAACAAAAGUGAACAAGGGCUACGAAGCGGCCGCACGAUACAUCAAUGCACUGCCUGAUGAAAUUGUCUAUGGCGCCUCUUCAACCCAAUUACUACGCAACCUGGCACUGGGCCUCACCUUUGCUCAAGGCGACGAGAUCAUCGUAUCAACUCUCGAUCACGAGGCAAACAUCGCACCAUGGCUAGACCUGGCCGAGCGACAAGGACUAAACAUCAAGUGGUGGACUCCACAAGGACAAGGCAACAAUCCAAGGCUCACAGUCGAGAGCUUAAGGCCGCUCUUGUCCGAUAGGACGAGAUUCCUGGCUUUGACUCACUGUACCAACCUGCUUGGAUCAAUCCACGAUGUCAAGGCCAUCGCUGCAGCUGCUCACGAGUAUCCGAAUGUCCUCGUCUGUGUUGAUGGAGUAGCUUAUGCGCCUCACCGACCCAUCGACGUCAAGGAUCUUGGAGUCGACUUCUACUGCCUUUCAUGGUACAAAGUCUUUGGUCCACACAUCGCAAUGCUCUACGGUAGCCGUGAGGCUCAGAAGCAGCUUCGUCCACUGGGCCACUACUUCAACCCCGCCGAAAGUCUAUCCGAUAAGGCUGGAUUCUCUGCUGGAAACUAUGAGCUGAUAGCGAGUAUAUCAGUCGUGGUUGACCAUCUUUUGGCUGAAAGCUGGGAUAAGAGUAUCGCGCAAGAGACGGAAAUCCAAAAAUUACUACUCGAAUACCUGGACAAACGAGAUGACGCAAAGAUUUACGGAGAACCGAGCUCAGAUCCCAGCAAGCGUUUACCUAUCGUCAGCUUCACUAUUGAUGGGUGGAACUCUCGAAGUGUCGUAGCGGCUAUCGAAGCCAACUCGAAUCUCGGGUUGAAGCAUGGUCACUUUUACUCUCAUCGUUUGGUAAAGGAGGUUCUUGAUCUUGACACAACUGAUGGCGUUGUGCGAGUGAGCAUGGCACAUUAUAAUACUCGCGAGGAGAUUCAGACCGUUAUAGAUACCUUGCAGAACAUCAUUGUCAAGCGAUGA